GGAGGUGUGGGUGGAGGAGGUGUGGACUUCCCCGCUCCGAGCUCGGAGCCGUCAUUCAGCUGCAGGACGCUCUGGAGAUCAGUCUCUGCUGUACCUGCUGCUCAUGGAGGAGUCCGUUCACGCACUUCACGCACACUCUGAGUACCCGAGUUAGGAUCGAACCGCGGACAUGAAGCUUCUCUGCGGAGGAGGAGCGGCGCUGCUGCUGCUGCUGCUCGGCCGCUGCUGCUGCACCACUCCCGACAGGAGAGUGUGUCAGGGAAUGAGCAACCACCUGUCGCUGUUGGGGACGUACGAGCAGCACUACGACAGCAUGGUGAGGAUGUACUCCAACUGCUCCGUGGUGCUGGAGAACCUGGAGAUCACCUACACGCAGGAGCACCACGACCUGUCCUUCCUGCAGUCCAUAGAGGAAGUAAGCGGUUAUGUUCUGAUCGCUAUGAACGAUGUGGCGACCAUCCCAUUGGUCAACCUGAGACUGAUCCGGGGACAGAACCUGUACGAAGGCCGGUUCGCUCUGCUGGUGAUGUCUAACUAUCACAAGAACGCCUCAUCUGCAACCAUCAACUACACCAGCGGCCUGAAACAGCUGCAGCUCAGCAGCCUGACCGGUAGUUUGAUCCUUUCUGCUUAUAACAACAGAAUAAAAGUUUCUGUGGUCAACGGGAUGGGUCAGACGUGUGACCCCAGCUGUCACAACAGCUCGUGCUGGGCAGCCGGACAGGAUCACUGUCAGAGAUUCACCAAGCUGCUGUGUGCAGAGCAGUGCAGCUGGAGGUGUCGGGGGCCCAAACCCGUCGACUGCUGUAACGAGCACUGUGCUGCGGGCUGCACUGGGCCUCGGGCCACCGACUGCCUGGCCUGCAGGGCUUUCAACGAUGAUGGAAUCUGUAAAGACGCGUGUCCACCUUUGAAACGCUAUGACUCCAUACUUCAUCAGGUGGUCGAAAACCCCAACUCCAAAUUCACCUUUGGAGCGACCUGCGUCAAAGCCUGCCCACAUAACUACGUGGUGACUGAAGGCUCGUGUGUUCGUUCCUGUAGCAACAGGAUGUACGAGGUGAAGGAGAAUGGAAUCCAACGCUGCAAAGACUGUGACGGACCCUGUCCUAAAGCAUGUGACGGGGUCAGGUUUGGCACUCUGAUCAACACCAUCGCUAUCAACGCCUCCAACAUUGACUUGUUUAAGGACUGCACCAAAAUCAACGGCGACGUCGUCAUCCUUGAAUCCUCCUUCACUGGGGAUCCACAUUACAACAUCCCACCCAUGGAGCCCGAGAAGCUGGAGAACUUCAAGACAGUGAAGGAAAUCACUGGUUACCUGAUGAUUCAGUUCUGGCCCAAGAAUCUGACCUCUCUGGCUGUGUUUGAGAACCUGGAGAUCAUCAGAGGAAGAACGACAUUCUCGAAACACAGUUUGGCCGUGGUGAGCUUGAAGCACCUGCGGUGGCUGGGUUUGCGCUCUCUGAAGGAGGUCAGUGCCGGAGUAGUGGCAGUGAAGAAUAACCCCGAGUUAUGUUAUGUUUGGAAAGACCAGUGGGCCCACCUAUUCAGAUCAACCGACCAGACCAUUAGCUUGUUGAAGAACAGUCCCCCUGAUGUGUGUGAGAGGAACAAUCAAACCUGUGACACGGAGUGUACAGAUUCAGGCUGCUGGGGUCCAGGGCCCACCAUGUGUUUGUCCUGCCGGCAAUUCAACCGCAAGGGCCGCUGUGUGGUGUCGUGCAACCUGCUGCAAGGGGAACCCAGAGAGGUGGAGGUAAAUGGCAGCUGUGUCCAGUGUCACCCAGAGUGUCUGCUGCAAACCGGGUCGCUGACCUGCUCCGGACCGGGCCCUGACAAAUGUUCCCAGUGUGCCCAUGUUAAAGAUGGCCCCCACUGCGUGCCACACUGCCCUCAUGGUGUGCAGGGAGAGGGAGGCAAGUUGGUCUGGAAAUACGCCGACAGAAUGGGCCAGUGCCAGUCCUGCCACCAGAACUGCAGUGAGGGAUGUUCUGGUCCUGGAUUGUCUGGAUGCAAUGGCUCUCUUGCACACUCUACACUGGCGGCCAGUGUGAUUGGAGGGCUCCUGCUUCUCGUCAUUGUGUCGCUGAUCAUCUUUGUGUUGCUACGACGAAUACAAAUUAAGAGGAAGCGAACUGUACGCCGCCUGCUGCAGGAGAGAGAGCUGGUGGAGCCGCUGACCCCCAGUGGUCAGGCACCUAACCAGGCACUGCUGAGGAUCCUGAAGGAGACCGAGUUUAAGAAGGUCAGGGUGCUCGGCUCCGGCGCCUUUGGGACGGUGUACAAGGGUUUGUGGAUCCCUGAAGGCGAGAAUGUGAAGAUCCCAGUAGCCAUCAAAGUUCUCAGAGAGGCCACGUCACCGAAAGCCAACCAAGAAGUCCUGGAUGAAGCGUAUGUGAUGGCGAGUGUGGAUCACCCUCAUGUGUGCCGCCUGCUGGGAAUCUGCCUGACAUCAUCAGUCCAGCUGGUUACCCAGCUGAUGCCGUACGGCUGCUUGCUGGACUAUGUUCGGCACCACAGGGACAGCAUUGGGGCGCAGUGGCUGCUCAACUGGUGUGUCCAGAUUGCUAAGGGGAUGAACUACCUGGAGGAGCGUCACCUGGUGCAUCGUGACCUGGCUGCAAGGAACGUCCUUUUGAAGAGUCCUAACCACGUCAAGAUCACCGACUUCGGCCUUGCCAAGCUUCUGACGGCAGAUGAGAAGGAAUAUCACGCUGAUGGAGGAAAGGUUCCCAUUAAGUGGAUGGCAUUAGAGUCGAUCCUCCAGUGGACUUACACCCAUCAGAGUGAUGUCUGGAGUUACGGUGUGACGGUGUGGGAGAUCAUGACGUUCGGCUCCAAGCCAUACGACGGCAUCCCGGCCAGCGAGAUCGCCACGGUGCUGGGGAGAGGCGAGCGGCUGCCUCAGCCCCCCAUCUGCACCAUCGAUGUCUACAUGAUCAUGGUCAAAUGCUGGAUGAUCGACCCGUCCAGUCGGCCCAGGUUCAAAGAGCUGAUGGUGGAGUUCUCCAAGAUGGCCAGCGACCCGUCCAGAUACCUGGUCAUACAGGGGGACCUGCCGAGUCCGUCAGACAGCAGGUUUUACUCUCGUCUGCUGAGCACCGACGACACCGAGGACGUUAUUGACCCGGACGAAUACCUGCUGCCCUACAGAGGCAUGGGUAACCAUAAGGACCGGCCCAUGAAUGGUCAUCCGGCCGGAGAGAACAGCCUCGCCCUGCGGUACAUCACCGAUCCCACUGACAGCGCACUGGAAAAGGACUUCAUCGACCACGAGUACAUGAACCAGAGUGUGAGUGAGACCAGCCAGAGCAGCCGGCUCUCCAAGGUUUUAAACCCUAAUUAUGAGGACCUGAGCCUGGGCUGGGGCCCACUUCCCCACCCGCUGGAGGAUCUGAACACCUCCCAAGUGCCCUAUGGACCUGAAUACCUGAACGCGUCCUUCAAACUGCGCCCUCUGGUGACCAGUCACAGCCUUGAUAAUCCAGACUACCAGGCUGACUUCCUGCCUCAGACCAUUAAAGAUGCAACGUUAGCGGAGAACCAUCUGUUCCUCCCAGCAGCAGAGAACCUCGAGUAUCUGGGUGUGGGCGGUGCUCUACAUGCUCCCGUCCGCUAGGGGGCAGCAGCACUCGGGCUGUCAGACUGAAGCUGUGCUCUACUUUCAUUCAAGCUGCCCACAGGAAUUAAUUGUUUUACAGUCAGUUCUUCAGGAAACACUGACUCGAGCAGAGGCAGCACUUCAUCCAGACCGACAGCCUCAGACUCACAAUUGAUGUUUGCAAGUUUGUUUGACUGGUAGGACCAAAGGACUUGGUUUAAGCUCUGCAGCUCCUGAACGAGUUUCUUUAACAGUCUCAGUCUGACUAAAACCUUCUGUUUGACUUGAAAUACUCUGAAUGAACUUUUAUUGUAUAAAGUGUAUAAAGUUAUGAAUUCUUUGCUUUACUUGACAAGAAUGAGCCAAAUCGUGAUUUCCUGUUAACCACUACUGCUCGUGUCUGUGUAUCACUGUUGAUAGUGUAAAUUUAUGGAAGUUGAGAGGCUGUCUGCAGGUACUGAGCCUUUGUCAGCUUUUCCUUUUCAAGAGAACAAAUAGUUUUCAUAUUUAUAGAAACGAUGAUGAUCAGGACUUUAAUGUGUUAGAGGAACAUGGAUGAUGAAGAUGUGCCCAACAACGAACAAUAAAGAGCAUCUGGCCAGA